UUUGCAAUGCCACAUGGGACGCCUUUGAACUCUACCCUGCUCUUGCUCUCGAUCCUCAUUACUACUCUCACUGUAGUUGGGCGUUCAUACCCCCGAUUUUCCCGUAAUGACACAGAAUUCCAACACCUGGUUCUCCACCCAGACUUAUUUGUGGGGACAGUGUAUGUGGGUGCCAGAGAUUACCUCUUCCAGCUGAAUGGAUUGGAUGGGCUUCAGUUGGAACAAGAGGAGAGGACCGGCCCUGUGAGUGACAGCAAAGAAUGCCUUCCCCCGGUUACUGAGUCCAACUGUCCCCAGGCAAGGAGAACCAGUAAUCAUAACAAGUUAUUAGUGGUGGAUCAACAGGCGUUGGAGCUAAUCACCUGUGGCAGCGUCCACCAGGGCAUCUGCCAGAAACGGAGCUUGGCGUCUAUCAAGGACGUCAUCUUCUCCAGCCAUAGGCCUGUGGACACACAAUAUGUUGCAGCCAAUGAUCCAUCAGUGUCAACAGUGGGGCUGGUGGUCGCUCCUCGUGGUGGGGAAAGGACGGUGAUGUAUGUGGGGAGGGGCUAUACUGCUAGCCACCCACCCAUUUCCACCCGCCAUCUCUCAUCAGCACCUGUUUUUUCCUAUGAGGAGACAGCUAAGCUGGCUGUAGCUGGACGUCUGUCAGAGUAUGACCACCAUUUUGUAACAGCAUUUACAAGGCACACUUACGUGUACUUUCUGUUUUACCGUCGUGAUAUCAAGUCUACAUUGAGGGACUACAGAACUUAUGCUGCCCGGGUUUGCCUGGAUGAUACGUCAUACUAUUCAUAUGUGGAAGUUCCUCUUGUUUGCCAUUCACCAUCAUCAUCUUCUGCUUCCUCCAAGAGUUACAAUCUGCUUCAGGCAGCACAGGUGGGACACAAAUCAGAUAACAAGGGUGAGGCUCUGCUUGGUGUGUUUGCUGCUCGCAUCAGCUCCACAAACAACAAUCCUUCAGAUGCCUCGGCUUUGUGUGUUUACCCUUUGGAUGAACUCGACAGACUCGUGGACUUCACCCGAGACCUCUGUUACACCCAGAAUGGUAGGGUGGAGGGAGGAGAAGAGGUGGCCUACAUAGAGUAUGAGGUCAAGUCCAGCUGUGCGAACUUGCUCAUGAAUACGCUGAAGGCGUAUCCAUGCGGCUCUGACCACACUCCCAGUCCAAUGGCAAGCCGCACACCCUUGGAAGCCAAAGCCAUAUUGGAAAGCCCUUAUGCCCGCCUCACUGCUGUUGCCGUCAGUGUCAGAGAGGAACACAGCAUUGCCUUUCUUGGAGAUUCCAGUGGCAAACUUCACAAGGUAUUCAUUCGCCAAGAUGGACGGGCAGAGAUAUAUGCAACAACUACAAUCCAGCCCAGUUCACCUAUUAGCAGUGACCUUUUAUUAGACCAGAAUGGAGCACAUAUCUACAUUAUGACCAAAACCACAGUGGAGAAGCGCCCGGUGGCAGAGUGUGGUGACCACCUCGACUGUCAGUCCUGUCUGUCAGCCAGAGACCCCUACUGUGGGUGGUGUGUGCUGGAGGGACGGUGUGGUCAGCGCAGGGAGUGCCAGAGAGGGUCUCUGCAGGGCCAAUGGUUAUGGAGUUUUAACCAGAAGCAACAUUGUCUCAGUAUCCAGAGCCUCAAUCACUACAACAUCAGCAGAGGGGAAAAAAACGAUAUCAGCCUGUCAAUAGCGGGUCUCCCCAGUCUUGGAGAAGGAGAGGCUUACUCCUGCUUCUUCCAGGACACAGAGACUCCUGCCUCACUCAUAACCACUGGUGUGAGAUGCUCUACCCCUGAUGCAAGCAAUCUUCCUCCAAUUGGCCAUGGAGAUGACUUUGUGAUGGUGACCCUGUCGCUGCGUUUCCUAAAUGUGACAGUCGCAGAAACAGAAUUUACCUUCUACAAUUGUACCUUGGUUCAGCAGCUGUCUGGACGCAGACCAUGUCAAGGCUGCAUUAGCAGUCGCUGGGGCUGUAACUGGUGUGUUCACCAGCAUGUCUGCACACAUCAACAAACCUGCAACCAAGGAGUCACCAUCUACAACAAAAACUUCAUAACCUCAGCCCCCACCGUCUCAAUACCCUCCUCAAAACUGACUCCUUUACCUCCAACCGUCCUGGCUGCUACUACGAAAACAACACAGCUGGCACCCACUGAGGCACGUGCUCCCAUCACGUCAGCUGCCCCCAUCACAGCUAGCAUCACCUCUAAUGGAUUAUCUACCUCACCUCUUACCCUGGCCAGGACAUCCCCUUAUGUCACCCGGCCCACACCCAUACACAUAGAUGUCCCUACCUCAGCUGGGAUCCUCACUGAUGGAACAGCAGCAUUGGAGGAAAGUGAUGGCACCACCACACUCCUUGCAGAGAAUGAUAAAGUUGGUGAUGGUCUGCAAAUGGAGCCUGAAGUCAACAAUACUGUUGAUAGAACUCCAAAAACUUCAGUUUCUAGCAACACAAGUGGCCACAAUGACUCUGACCAACUGUCUGGCGGUGUGUUGAGUUCGUUCUUUAACUUAAGCUCCACUGAAGUGACCCUUUCAUCAGAUUUGGCUGCCAGGCUUGAUAAACAGUCUGUUUCUUCAGACAUAGCAGAAGAAAAUGACACAACUACAUGGUUAAAUGAUUCAACCAAGUUUGAAGGAGAUGCUGAGGUGGGCACGGGCACAUGGCCACAUCAUGCAACUGGCACAUCUGCAAGCACCAGUGAAAAGGCUUUCAUCCACAUGUAUUCAUCUGGCACCAUUGCUGACCAUGAGCCCACAGCAAACUACCAAUCAGAUUUGCUGACUGACUCUCAUUAUCUGGAAUGUCCGUGUGUAGAGAAGGUUCAGGGGUCUUCUUUCAUCCCUGUUAAUGUGGAGCGGAAGCUUACUUUGGUGGGACAACACCUAAACCUCUUUCAGGAUGAGGGUUUGGACUACGAAUGUGUGUUAGACAUAGAGAGUCAGUCAGUGGUAGUGGAUACAGUUGUGGAGAUGGACGUCGCACAGCCAUCGGUCUUCUUUAUCACCUGCAAACCACACCAGUAUGCAUAUUCUGCCAAGAUGGAUGAAUAUCAAGCCAUAGUCAACGUGAGAAGAAAAGACAAGUUUGUUCUUGACAGCGCUGAGGAUCUCUAUGUAACUCUAUUCAACUGCUCAGUUGGACGGUCUGAUUGCAGCCGAUGUCGCACAGCUGACCCAAAGUAUGGCUGCGUGUGGUGCGGUGGAGUCGCACAUUCUCGCUGCAUCUACCAGGACUCUUGCACUGAUGAGAUCAUACACACCUGCCCCGCACCUGUCAUUCACUUUUUGGAUCCAGUGUCUGGUCCUGUAGAAGGUGGGACAGUGGUUACCAUUUCUGGUUCUAACCUUGGCCAGAAAGCAGAAGACAUUCAGAACUCAGUCACAGUUGCUGGAGUCCACUGCAACGUCAUCCACAGCAGAUAUGAAGUCUCUUCAAGGAUUGUGUGUGAAACCACAAGCAGCGGUGUGGAAUUGAGCGGCCAGGCCUCAGUCAGAGUGCUUGGGGGAGGACUUGGACUGUCAGCUCAAACGUUCAGCUUCCAGGAUCCCGCCAUCAACAGCGUAUUCCCUCAAAGAGGGCCAAAGGCAGGUGGCUCAUCUCUUAGCAUCAAAGGCCACAAGCUGAGGACUGGCCACCCCAGUGAAGUCAGCGUCCUGAUUGGAGGAGUUCCAUGCAUAGUGCUAAACAUCCAGGAGGAUCAGAUCAACUGUCUGACCAGAGGCAGCAACAGAACUGGUGAACAUGGCAUCACUGUGCGGUUUGGUGGAGCAGAACGCCACCUUCAGGGAUUGAUGUAUCAUUACACCCCCAACCCCAAUAUCACAUCAGCAGCUCCGUCCAAAAGCUUUUUCAGCGGGGGCAGAAUCAUUAGAGUCUCAGGUCAGAACCUGGAUGUUGUCCAAGAGCCGAAAAUGAGGGUUACCCUCAGUCCUCCUGACAUCCUUCCUCCCAGGAGGAGAAGAAGCAGCACUUGGCGAAAUAUUUUGAGCCUGAGCAGAGGGCAGAGUCAGCAAGGUCCAAUGAAGAGAUGGAGGAGGAUCGUCCCGGAGUUAGACUGCCCCGAGGGAACACUUUGUCAUGUCAAACAGUACAAGUCUCGCUGCACAGUGAGCAGCUCCUCCCUCAUCUUGUGUCCAACCCCAGCGGUGGGCCCAGAGGCCAGAUGGGCCAGGGUCAGAGUUCAUUUCCUGUUGGACAGCCUUCACUUUGACUUCAAAAGCGUAGCAAACAAGGCCUUCAGCUAUGAGCCUGAUCCGGAACUGUACCCUCUGAACCAGAACGACCCCAGUAAACCCUACCACCACAAACCUGGCAGCAUCAUCUCUGUGGAGGGGGAGAACCUGGAUCUAGCCAUCUACAAAGAGGAGGUGGUGGCACUGAUAGGAGAAGGUGUCUGUGCAGUGAAGACUCUGACCCACAACAACUUGUACUGUGAGCCACCAGCCCAACAACCCACUAUCACAUCCAACAAAAAACAGGAUGGCAUGGACACGCUGCCCGAGUUCACAGUAAAAAUGGGGAACCUGAACUUCUCUCUGGGCAGAGUGCAAUAUGACAUCCAGGCCCAGCCCACAUUUCCUUUGGAGGCCCAGGUGGGAGUCGGGGUGGGAGCUUUCAUAGUGGCUCUCAUUGUGGUCAUCAUAGUGCUCAUAUACAGGAGAAAAAGCAAACAAGCUAUGAGAGACUAUAAAAAGGUGCAGAUUCAGUUGGAGAACCUUGAGACCAGUGUGAGAGACCGCUGUAAAAAAGAAUUCACAGACUUGAUGACAGAAAUGAUGGACAUGUCCAGUGAUUUAGUGGGUUCCGGGAUUGCCUUCCUGGAUUACUGGGCGUAUGCAGAGCGUAUCUUUUUCCCUGGCCACCAAGAGUCACCACUGAGACGAGAUCUGGAUGUUCCUGAGAGUCGAAGGCAGACUGUUGAGCAGGGGCUGGUUCAGUUGUCAAACCUGCUCAAUAGUAAACUAUUUCUUACAAAGUUUAUUCAUGCUCUGGAGGUCCAGCGAACAUUUUCCCCUAGGGACCGGGCCUAUGUGGCCUCUCUCCUGACUGUAGCCCUACAUGGUAAACUGGAGUAUUUCACAGACAUCUUGAAGACCCUACUUAAUGAUCUGGUGGAACAGUAUGUAGCCAAGAACCCAAAACUGAUGCUCAGAAGGACUGAAUCAGUGGUUGAGAAGCUCUUAACAAACUGGAUGUCUAUUUGUCUCUUCACCUUUCUGAGGGAAUCAGCGGGGGAGUCUUUCUAUAUGCUGUUCAGGGCCAUAAAACACCAGGUGGACAAGGGACCUGUGGACGCCGUGACAGGAAAAGCCAAGUACACACUGAAUGACAACCGGUUGCUACGAGAAGAUGUGGAAUACCGCACACUGACCCUGAAUGUUGUGAUGCCAGCUGUAGCUUCCAGCGGAUGUGCCACUACACAGACGAUACCAGCCAAGGUCCUGGACUGUGAUACCAUCACCCAGGUGAAGGAAAAACUUCUAGAACAAACCUGGAAGGGGACCUCAUUUUCCCAGAGGCCACACAUUGACUCAUUACACCUUGAGUGGCGUGCAGGUGUUGCAGGUCAUUUGAUCCUAUCAGAUGAAGAUUUGACAUCAGUAGUACAGGGCUCAUGGAAGCGACUAAACACGCUACAACACUACAAGGUCCCCGAUGGAGCAAUGGUGGCCCUCGUCCCCAGGAAUGCCAAACACCACCUCCACGACAGCCAUGAUUACAUGCCUGGAGAAAAGACCCCUAUGCUGGACGACGGGGAGGAGGGAGGAGUGAGGCUGUGGCAUCUGGUGAAAGCUAGUGAGGAGUCGGAGCUGCCCAAGCACAGGAGAGGUAGUGUGAAGGAGCGUGGCGGAGAGAGAGCCAAGGCAAUACCUGAGAUCUACCUCACACGAUUGCUCUCGAUGAAGGGCACACUGCAGAAGUUUGUCGAUGAUUUAUUCACUGCAAUCCUCAGCACCAGUCGUCCUGUCCCUCUGGCUGUGAAAUACUUUUUCGACUUGUUAGAUGACCAGGCACUGCAGCACAGCAUCACAGACCCAGAGACCAUUCACAUCUGGAAAACCAACAGUUUACCACUGCGGUUUUGGAUUAAUAUCCUGAAGAAUCCACAGUUCAUCUUUGAUGUGCAGACCUCAGACCAUGUGGAUGCUGUACUUUCUGUCAUUGCCCAGACCUUUAUGGACUCCUGUACCAUUGCUGACCACAAACUUGGACGGGACUCUCCCAUCAACAAGUUGCUGUAUGCCAGAGAUAUUCCACGUUACAAACAGAUGGUGGAAAGGUAUUAUGCAGACAUUCGUGAGACCAUCUCUGCCAGUGACCAGGAGAUGAACUCGGCUCUAGCAGAACUCUCUCGUAAUUAUGCUGCAGAGGUCAACUGUCUUGUCGCCUUACAUGAACUAUACAAGUAUAUCAACAAAUACUACGAUCAAAUUAUCACAGCCCUGGAGGAGGAUGCCACUGCCCAGAAGAUGCAGCUUGGCUGCAGACUUCAACAGAUUGCUGCUGCUGUGGAAAACAAAGUCACAGACCUAUGACCCAAGGCACCAAUUAUUGUUCUAUCUUCAAACACAGGACGUGGUUAUCAAGCUGUACCAUAUCCUAGAGAAAUAAAAGAGCACUUGCGGAAAAGGUUUGACAUCAUGACGUGAGCAAAGCCAAAGGAGCACUGUGAAACUUCUUGUGAUUUUACUGUUACAGUAGCAGACUGAGUUUUUGAUUUGAAAAACACUGGCUGUGUUGUCUGUCCUGUCUUCAGGAGGUACAGCAGGACUCCUCCGAUGCCUUACACAGGCAGAAAAAAAA